GAGACCCGCAGUGUUGAACCGCGGUUCGAAGAACGUGGUUAUGUCCUAGUUUGUCGUUUGUCGCUCUCUGUUACCGAAAAAAUUUCUAAUAGAAAAAAGUAUCGAAGGUUAGACGAACUCGUCGAUAUAAUGAUAGUUCAAGUGGUUUGCUGCGAUGGGGAAUUACCCUAAACACUGACUGUCGAUACGUAAUAUUCCGUUAACAAGAGGAAGGGUCGAAUAAAUAUUGCCCAAGAAGAGAUUUCCCAGCUCUCUGUAAAAUGGGGAAAAAGGGUGCUAAGAGGAAAACUAGAUGGAGGAGCCUUAGCAUAGGUGCUCCACCGGGAGAAGAAGACGAAGAAGAAGAAGUGCGCAAAGGAUACCAGUUAGAAAAUGGAAUCAGAUCUGCAAGGGGUGAUCGGAGUGUGCAGAGUGGUUAUUCAUCAUAUAAACGCACCCGACCAUAUAACAAUGCAACAAAUACUUAUGGAUAUGGAUAUGGUUCUCUCUACAACGGCCAAUCCAAAUCCACUCAAGCUAAAAAUGAUGAGGACCCUACAAAACCAAAGAUUGUUUUCAAUGAAGAGGAAUACAUGAGAAUAACGACACCCAGGCAGGAUGUUCUUUUCAAAAAGGGCUACCUUUCUCGCAAGAAACCCUUGGCCAGUACUGCAAGCACUAGCGCAACUAGCGCGACUACUACUCCAUCAACCAACGAAAGCCAGUCCGCUGCACAUUCCACUGCUGAUGGUAGCGAGACGGCGGAGGAUCAGCAGUUAUUGGAUGGUGGCUACGGUGGUGAGUUUGCCAUUGUCCCGGAGGGAGCAGCUCAAUUUGCAUAUGGAGGUUUCUACGAUCAAGUUACUGGAUAUUACUACGAGUAUCCUGUCAUGUUGGUCGGACCACCUGUUCCUGGACAUUCUAGUCCUAACGUACUCGCAGCAAUGCCAUGCGGACCUGUUCCACUUCGACCAGUAGAAUGGUUUAAUCCCCAGUAUGUGCCUGAAACAUUACAAGAUCAACACCAGCCCCUGCACUCCACGGACUCACAGGCGGGAAGUUGCGGAUCAUCUGUUUCCAUGGAUGAACUCGGCGGUACGGGAGCAGCCGCGAAUGCUGUUGAAGCAAGUGAAGUUGUCAACAGUAAUGAGACGAAAGACGAAGAACUAACUACUAGGGACGCAGAAGGUCCUAUUGAUGAAGGGGUGGUAGCAGAAUGCAUACCAAGUUCUCAAAUUAUACCUCAAAUAAUACCCCACAUGCAUAUGCCACCGCAGCACUAUGUCUAUCCUGGUCACUUCAUGUUUGGACCACCGAUGGUCAAUAUGAAUGGUGUUACGAUACAGAACGGUGCCAUUAUACCGAGCGAAGCAUUGUGGGUAAAACGAAGAAAGAAGAGGAAGAGAAGAAAGCAGAGACGGCCUCUUGCAGUUGGUAAUACAGAAGACGAGGAGGAGGAGUACAGCUCAGAGUGGGAAUCGAGCUCUAAUUGGUCACAACCCGCUUGGUCGACAAGUACAACUACCACAAUCACUAAUGAUAUCACAACCUCUCGACCGCUCAAUCCUGAAGUUCAAGAGUUUCAGUUUAGAAGCACAUUACCCAUUUUAGCAGACACGACCGAUGUAAGAACACCAGAUGCAAAGGAUACUGAUACCCAAUUAGCGUCACGUCUGACAGAAAUAACUAAGGAGGAAUGUGGAGAGACGGAGGUAGGAGUUGAACCUGGAGUCUUAUCGAUUAACAAUACAGUUUCACUAAAUCUUAAUGACGAACACUUAAAAGACGAAUCAACUGAAAAUACGUUGGAAAAUGAAAGGUUAAAAGAAAAGAAUGGCAGUGAUGUUAAAGAUGAGACGAUAUCGCAUGUUAUUGACACCGAGAAAAAUGUGCUGAACUAUAAAGCGCAAGUACAGAGCAAUGGCAAUGGAGAAAUAAUUAAUGACAAUUCUGAUAACUGUGCAAAAGACGCAUCGAAUAUUAGUGUGAAUGCUUCAGCAACCAAGCCACUUGCUAAUGGUAAUUCUAUUGAUGAGGACAGCAACAAUUUAGUCGUAUCUAUUGACAGCAAAGGUAUAGUUGGUGGUCCAAACAAAAUAAAAUCUCAAACAAGCUUAUUGGAAGACUCCGUUAACAACAGUAAUGAAUCAAAAGAAGAUAUUCACGAUGAUUCAAAUACUUUCCAAGCAAAACCUGAAAAAACAGGAGAAGUGAAUAAUGGCAAUUCAAAAUCUGCAGCAUUGAAGGUCGAGAAAUGUAAUGCAAGUCCACUUUCUAACAGCAAAAAACCUCAAAAUGAGACGCCUACCAAAAAGAAUGGUAAUAAGAGUGUGAAAAAAGGGAAAGGAAAAUCAAUGGACAUACAAAAAUCAGUUCGCAAUAAAGGCGACUCUAAAAAUCCACAGCGCAAUGAAACGACAUCUAAUACUGUUUCUAGUGAGUCUUUGGCAAAGAGAGGCAGAUCAGCCUCUCCUCGUGCCAGACAACCUUUGAAUUCGGAAAGUUCGAGAUCAGAAUCACCUCUAACCAAGCCAAGUUCAAGACCAACAAGUCCUGAAAUUAACCAAAUGACAACUCCGAUAAAUGCUGAAACUCAUAGACUGCCAGAAAGCUACGAAUCUUUAGUCACGAGGUCAACUCCUCGCUCAGUUACCCCUCCUCUCACUGCCGGUAUUCCGGUCGCACCACCUAGAAGAAAGUACAGUGCCAAAGGAAUAAAAUUCAUACGAGAGCCUACACCUGGUCCAGAUCUAGACACGGAUAUCAAGUCUGAUAAUGAAGAGGCAAUCAAAAUUGAUAAUAGCUUGAGAACGUACGCUAGUAAUUCGGAAAGUUGCGCGUCAAUUGAUCAUGAGACAACCAUGUUUUCAUUACCAGAAAAUACUGUACCUCAGAAUUCUGACGCAGAAAAAAAUAUCGAAGUGGCUGCAGAGGAUUCGGUGUUCAAAGAUCUUGAGCCAUCUUUAGAUGUUUCUCUUCAGUCCGAAACGAUCAGUAAUGAAAGUUCUCAGAGAAUCGACUGCCAAUUAGAUUUAACAGAAAACGAGGUAACGAGUAUUAGUGUGGAUUAUGUAACGGUCAACAAUUCGAAUACGGUAGAAGCUGUACCGACUACUUCUGUUGGAGAAAAUACAUGUCAAGUGAAUUCGAUCUGCCUUGACUCAAAUAAAAAGAUUGGAGUUGAUAAUUUGGAAGCUCAUACGAUAUCGAAGCUAUCUGACCAUCCUAUAACCGAUGCAGUAACUGCUUGGCUCGAAAGAACAAAGUCACCAGAAGAAAUGUUUAAAGUACCGAUGCGAACAUCUGAAUCUGACGACUCUGAUUUAUCAGAAACAGAAAUAUUUGAUGACGACCCAGAUGAACAGCCGUCAAAAAACUUGCAAGGCAACCCCAUGCCUGCACUAUCUGUUAGUAACGGAUCGAUCGACAAAGGUCAAAGAACGCGAUCGAACGUUGUUACUAGUGGUAAUAUUACAAAGACUGACACUUUUGUUACUUCGAAAAAUAUUGUAAGCAGAAGAGAAAAAGACAUUAAUAAUCUAAAAGUAAUACUUUCUCCAACUAAUAAUAAUAUUAAUAAUAAUAAUAAUGGAAGUUAUACGGAAGCGGUUUCAAGGAGUGUCAGGGUUUGUGAAUUUACCACACAGGGUAGCGCUGCUGGCAUGAGGGUUGCCGAAAACUCUCGGGUGAAUUUGAACAAAGUAAAUAUGGAGAAUAAUCGAUUUGAAGAAUGUUCAAAUAAGAAAAACUAUAUUGAAAAUAUCGAAAUGAAAAUUCAGAAUAACAAGAACAGUAACAAAGAGCUUCCAGAGAAUGGAAUCGAGGCUCUAGAAAAUGUGAAGACUUACGAGAGAGGAGAAAUCAUUGUUACACUCGACGGAAAACUAUUGACAGGAACCAUAUUCGAACCAACCUGUUCGGCAAUAAGUCAUACACAGGUUCCAGAAACUGUCGCAGAAGUUUGCGUGGCAAAAAGUAAUCGAAUAAAUCGUACAAGAUCUCUAGAAUUAAACGAAUCGUUUGUUACAAGUCUUAACAAUGAGCACGAAAUGAGUCCAGAAGAAACACUUUCUCUUGGGAGCAUCGAAGAGCCAGAUGUGUUAGAAUGUUGGGAAACUGAGAUGGUUGAGCCAGUUUUAUUAUCAAAGAAUAGCAGGCAGAUGAUGAAACUUCAGGUCGAUGGUCAAGUGCAUGAUGGAGAGGCUAUGGAGGAAGAAAAUUAUGACAAUCAUAAGGACCCAACUGUAAAGGAAUAUGUGAAGAAGUACUACAGACUCGCCAGGGAGUAUACGUUAAGUGUAGAAGAUGAGUUAAGUGAGAGGGCGUUGAAACAGACGAAUAGUAAUAAUAUUAGCUCAAAUUCAAAUUCAAACUCGCCCAAGAGAGCAACACCAAACACCCCAGAACGUAUGAUCGAAUGUUUAUGUAGCGAAGAAAUACCAAUAAUUGUGCCACUGCCGAAAUCUACGUCAACUGAAGAAAAUAAUGUUGUGAAUGCCGACGGAAAGCAAAUUGAAGCUGUUGACGAAGCCUUUGAAGUAUACGAGAGCUGUUAUACAGUAAAGACAAGAUUACCUACCGUAACUCAUCUAAACAUUGAGGGAUCGAAAAUACCGUUUCAAAAUCAAGAGGGACCCGUACCAUGUAAGGCGGUAUGUUGCAGUAUACAGUAAGAAAAAAAAAACUAUUGUUAUGCCCAUUCGAAUCUUGGAUUGGAGAGAGAGUUACGUUUGUAAGUUUCGAAGAGGGCUCGUCUACCGAUAAGUCUUCUGAAUAUCGAAAUGCUUUUGUUGGACUCAGAAUGAAUAAGCGAAAGACAAGAAAUCUAUAUAUAAGAUGAAAGGAAACUAAAUCUAAACAAUGAUGAGAAAAAAGAUAAGUUACAUAAAUGGUAAAAUAGUUCCACGCAGCUUCCCAUUCUUGUAAAUAGAUUCAUUUUCACCCAGACACUUCAUUCACACGAAUUAUUGAAUAAAACGAUUAGCCAAAAAAAAAGAUAACAUAAAAAGCAUGAAAGAAUCAUGAUACUUAAAGAAAAAUUGUCUACACCUCGUAACAAUGAAAAUAAUAUCUAUUUAAUAUUGUGUAUUGAUCAUAUUGAAUUAUUGAAUAUAGAAACACAUUGUUGGCUACACGUUUGCUGUUAUAUUGGUAGGUUAGCUGUUGUUAUAAGCCAUACCCGUAACGAAUAUAUUAUUAAAAUGUGAUCAUUAGUCAUAUUUCUUCAAUAAACGACGAAAGGUAUAAGGCAAAGAGAAUGAUGUUGCGUAAUUAAAUAAUAUUUAUUUUUGAGUCUUUCAUAGUUUAGAAAAUAAUAUCUCGAGAUGUUUAAUGUAAAAAAACGAUCGAACAAUAGAUCAAGAAAGAAAUUGAGGAUCUUUGUCGUCACUCUGUACAUAUCAAGAAAUGUUAAUCAACUGCAACUUAAUAAUUAUUUCGUCGUUGUAUCGCAUCAACCAUCAUUAACAUCUAACAAAACUGUUGAAUGAAAGAUAAAAUAUCGAAACAUAAUUUAACAUAAUUCGAGAUUAUCUUUAACUAACAAAUGCUAUAUACCUAUAUACGGACACAUGUAUGAAAUCAGACUCUUUGACCUAUACCCUUGAUCGCAUGAAAAAGAGUGAAACUGAAGAACUAAUAGUUGGGUCUUGUAACCUAACUUAAAUUGGUUUUCGUUAAUGAAUUUUUGCUGAUGUCAUUGGAUGCUGUUGUAUAAUAAAUAAUAAGCAAGAUGAUUACGAAUCGUUACAUGUUGGUAAUAAGGUAUAUUUUUUAUGAUCUUCAAGUCCUUGUAAUGUGAUUAAUAAUUGAUAUAUUUGUAAUGUAACGGUGAAAAAGAAAACCAAAAAUGUCUACAAAAUUUUAAGACCGCAAUAAGGUUUUUUUAAUUUAUAAGGUUUCAAUUUUGCUCAAGAGAAAUCAUAGCGUUGAAGAACAAUGAGAUCGAUAACAAUAACUCUAUAACUUAUUUCUAACGGCAAUAGGAAGAUUUCACUAUUGUUGAGACAUUGAUGGAAAAAAAAAAGAAAAACGAGAUACAAAAAAAAUUUGUAAAAUUUUUACCAACCAUGAUAUUUAAUUCAUACGUAUUAUCUAGUAAUCCGUUACUAAAACCAGCUACGUAGAUUGAUAAAAUAUUAAUUCUAAAUGAAACGAAAGUACAGGAUUUUUUACACUAACAAAACAAGGAAAAAAACAAACAUGAAGAAUAUAACAAAUAACUAUUGAACAGAAAAAAGGGGAGAGGGGAAAUGCCAAAGAGAGUUAUUUGAAACAAUAAUGUUACUACUCGUACAUUGGCGCGAUAGCCAUUACAAAUAUAAUAAUAAUGAUAAUAAAAUUAAUAAUAAAAUAGGCUGUAACCAUGAAAUAUCUUCAUGAUAGCAUCAAACAAUGGCCAGUGGACAACAAUGAGAUACUGCGAUAAUUUAUUCAAUUCCUAUAAUGAUACCUAGUCACGAUUCAGUAAAAAAAAAAUUUAUUGUAAUUCCAUCUAAAAUGUGACCCGUCACAUACUCAUAGUUUCUGGCAUGUAGCUAAUAGAUGAAUGUAGUAUAUGAAUUGUUCGCUGGCAAUAUUAGAAAAAAGACAUUGAAAGAAGGAGAAAACAAGGAAAAUUUUAGCAUAAUUUGGCUUCCUAGAAAUUACCACAAAAAAUCAUCACGAUCGUACGAAGUGAGAACAAGGAAAUUUAUAUUUUCCAAAAUGUGGUGCCUGUUGUAAGCCAUGCUUUAGUUAGUUUUCAUUAACUAGCGUAUCUAUUGAAUUGAUCUAGCGCAUCUAUUGAAUUAAAUAUUGAAUGAAAUAAUUAUGUAAACUUGGUAACGUACGUACAUGUACAAGUUUAAGCUUUGAAAUCAUCGUAUGAAUUUUACAAAUGAAAAAUUGUAAAUAAAGACAAAAUUUGCGCAUGGUAAUAAAAAAAAAUACAUUCAUAAAGCAGAACAGAAAGAAAACAAAUAAUUAAAAAUACAUACGUACAUACAUGUUUAUUUGAAGUCGAUUAAUUACAUUAUAUGCCAUUUCGAGUUGAAGUAUGAAUAUAUAUUGAGAGGAAUGUGGAAAAAUAGCUUAGUUGAUAGUUAGUUUUUGCUGAAUCGCGGUAAACGAAAUAAUUUCUACAAUACCAGUGAGUAGAAUACUAUUUGCAUAUACCAUUGUAGAAUAAUGUACGAAUCAUCAUUGGUUGUUCGGUCUUUGAGUAGAGAAAUCCAUGAACGCAGAAAUAAUUUCAUCGAUAUAACAAUUAAUGAAAAAAAAAAAAAAAAUACACUGUAACCAUACAAUGUGCGCGUUGCAGCAAGUGUGUGCCUUAUACUGUGGCGGCCAUUUUUCUAACAAUUUAAGAGGAAAUCCUUAAAUAAGCGACGACUAACAAAAGAAAAUCAAAUGAAAAGAAGGAAGAAUAAAAAAUACUUAAAUAAACAAUAAACAUGUUUCCAUUUGCUAUACAAAUAUGAUAAUAUGAAAUACAGACGAUAUUGUGUUUGCCACUGAAAAAAAUGUUUUUCAACUCAGAAGUUACAAAAAAAAAACGAUAAAAAAUCAUCUCAUUUCAUUGAGUACUAACAUGUUCACCACAUAUUAUAACACGAUCCAUUAUUCAGA